CCCGUCAUGCCCCGCGGCCGCCGGGAGCGGAUAUCCGGUGGGACCGCGGGGUGGGGGCGCGGGACCAGCAGCCAUGAUCCGCUUCAUCCUGAUCCAGAACCGGGCCGGGAAGACCCGCCUGGCCAAGUGGUACAUGCAGUUCGACGACGAUGAGAAGCAGAAGCUCAUCGAGGAGGUCCACGCCGUGGUCACCGUCCGCGAUGCCAAACACACCAACUUCGUGGAGUUCCGGAACUUCAAGAUCAUUUACCGGCGCUACGCGGGGCUCUACUUCUGCAUCUGCGUGGACGUGACCGACAACAACCUGGCCUACCUGGAGGCCAUCCACAACUUCGUGGAGGUCCUCAAUGAGUACUUCCACAACGUCUGUGAGCUCGACUUGGUCUUCAACUUCUACAAGGUCUACACGGUGGUGGAUGAGAUGUUCCUGGCGGGAGAGAUCCGGGAGACGAGUCAGACCAAGGUCCUGAAGCAGCUCCUGAUGCUGCAGUCACUGGAGUGAACGGGACCCCCCCAUUGCCUCCGGGGACCCCCCCGGGGGGGCUGCCGAGGCUCUUGGUGUCGUUGAUGUCCCCCCCCCAUCCUUGUGCUGUGAAUAAACGUGGCUGUGAUGGAGCAGA